AUGUUUGUGAUUAAUGAUCCCCAGAACCUGCAGAUUCUAUAUGAAUCCUUGGAAAAGAGCAUCCCUCAGUCCUAUAAGGUAUAUGGUGCCAUUUUUCACAUUAAAAAUAAAAACCCAUUCAACUUGGAGGUGCUGGUGGAUGCCUGGCCAGAUUAUCAGAUAAUCAUUACUCGGCCUAAGAAAGAGGAGAUGAAAGAUGAUCUGGAUCACUAUAACAACACUUACCACAUCUUCACCAAAGCUCCUGACAACCUGGAGGAAGCUCUGGCAUCCCCCCAGGUUAUCAACUGGGAACAAGCCUUCCAGAUCCAAGGUUGUCAAGAGAACUUGGAUGAGGCAAUAAGAAAGGUUUCCGCUUCAAAAUCAGUGCAGGUGGAUUACAGGAAGACCACACUUUUUACAUUAGAUAUACCAGAGAAGUUUAAGACAUCAAGUGAUGGCAAUGAGAAUUUGAUGGAACUACUUAAACUGUUCAACACGGAUGAAGCUAGCAAGAAAAGAAAUUUUCUGAGCAUCUUGUUGGAUGCCUCACAUGCAGGGGUUGUGAAUGAGCAUUGGGAUUAUGGAAAAAAUGAGAGGAGCUUGAAAUAUAUUGAACACUGCCUUCAGCAUUUUCCAGGAUUUGGCGUGCUGGGUCCAGAGGGGGAUCUUAUCUCUUGGGUUGUGAUGGAACAGUCCUGUGAGAUGAGAAUGGGACAUACUGUCACUAAAUACCGACGCCAAGGAGGCAUGAUGCAAAUUGGUUAUAAUGUGACAGAGUAUCUUAUUCAGAACAAAAUACCAUUCUAUUUUCAUGUAGCAGAUGAUAAGGAAAGUUACAUACAGAAACUGAUAAACUUUGGAUUUAAGUGUUUUUCUUGUGGCUGGCAUCAGUGGAAGUGUACUCCCAAAAAAUAUUGCUGA